CUUGAGUAAGCCGUAAUGGAGGUGGAGAUACCAACAGAAACAGAACCAUUACUGGGGCAGGAGAUCAUUUCUUCCAGUUUGAAAACUGAGGAAAUGCCUAGUUCCCUUCAAUUGGCGGUAGAUAUUUACGAUAAAUCAUUGCAAAACACUGCUUUUGAUGUACACGGAGACUCAGUUGACGGACGAUCGAGGGGUCAGUGUUGCAGGAUCUUUACAAAAUUCAAGUUUGCUCUCUUUGAUUCCCACUGGCCCUUGUCUUGUUUCUUGGCGGUUGCUUUCCUUGGUGUUUGGUUACCUAAGAAGAACAGAUCUCUUUGGUUGCUUACUUUUAUACCGAUCUUUCAUAUGCUCUUCGGCUUGGGGGCACAUCUGUAUUUCAUUGUGUUGGCAAAUGACCAAACGAAUUUGAAAGUUCACAUAGGGUCGAAAAUGCUACUCACAUCACUAUGGAUAAGCGGUUUUUCAUCGUACAUCCUGGCUUUGCAUUUCUUCAGGUAUCAGUCACAGGAAUGGAUGCCAGAUCUGAGCAAAAUUCAACAUCGAGCCGUCAACGUGGGUCUGUUUACUGGUUUGCUGCUUGUGUCAUGGGUCCUGUUCUUAGACGCCCAUUCACAAGUUAUUUUUGACUUAGACCACAUUAAAAAAGCCCUCACCGAGCAUUGUCCAAGGAAAAACGUUUGCAAAGGUAUUUGGUAUCCCCUUGUCACUUCUAUAUACUGGGGAAUGUAUUCGUCGAUCGCUGUUUGCUGCGUGUUUUUCUCCCUGUGCCUCUCGAUGACGAACGAUCUCGCAAAAGGAUACCUUCGCUUAGCUAAAUGCACUGGGGAUGUUCGGAAUGCUGUAAUAAUGCACAAGCAAGUACGUGAUGAAACUGAAAAACGGAUAAACAGCAUGCGUGUCUGGUUUUUAAUUCACACUCUCUUUUACCUGGUGGUGUUUUUAGCCAGUAUUUUCGACUGGUGGGAAGCGGCAAGAGACUCGUUAAACUCUGUGGUCCAGUACAUGGCUCAAAUCUCUGGCACGCUAGUCGUGGUGUACAAAUUUUUCUUCCCUUUCUUGUCAGCGAGUUACGUCACUUGGCACGAGUCCACACUCGUGCAAGACUUGAACGACAAGACAGAUUAUCUUCCUGGAGAAACCUUCCACUCGAGGCAAGAUUUAGAAGUGUUCCUUGCGCAGAGCAGGAGACGUGGUUAUGGAUUUCGCCUGUUUAAGAUACAAAUUACCAUAACAAUUGCAAUAUUUUCUUUGCUCGGAUCUGGUUUUGGAUUGUUACACACCUUUCUUUUUUUAGAGUGAAAUUUUUUUCGACGCUUUUUAGUCGUGGAUACACGAAGCAUAGAAUCGACUACUGUUAGGGUUUAAGAAUUUGCAAAUUUAUCACUCAAUCAGAUGUAAACAAAUCGAUAUGUCAACGGCAGACCAAUUGAUAUCGAUUUUCCGAAAUAAUACUGCAACGCAUCUAUCGACUUUCCGAAGUAAAUGCCGCGACGUUGAAAUAAAAUUCGACUUUUCAUAGAGAGAGUUUCGAUUACUACUCGUCGCAGUCAGCACAUGUGUAAGCGAGUCAAAUCUGUUUGAAAGACUUUUAAAAGGUGUGACUAUGAGUGUAGACGCUGAAUGCGAAGAGUCUUUGACUCCUCGAGACGUUUGCUCGUCGAUCCCCCAAGCUCACAGGGGGUUUAUAAAUAGUGAGCCUUAGCUCAAACUUGUGAGGGAACCUAUAGAAUCUAUGAGCGCUCAUAUCAACAAACGUAUGAAUUAAACGUAAGGUUAAACAAAGCUCUAAGAAACAUCAGUAGCACAACUGAUCAGUCCGUAAUAUCCAACCAAAACACUCCUGUGGCUAAGCAGAACGAACCGCAGCAAGGAGACUUAUCUGAUGAUAACAGAAAUCAUACUAGAAAAUUACAGGAAGGAAGAAGUAGGUCAAAGUCCAGUCGUAUUAGCAUAGGCGUCCGCCGUGAUCGAGAACCAUCGAGAUUACCGUGGAAGAAAAUUCUGAACUUAUUUAACAAGGCUAAAGCAAUAGAGAGGUAUGUAAGGUUUCAUAUUGUGCAUGGUGAAUCACAUUCGUCAGCGUUGAAGACGAUUUUAUCGUUUGUUUACGGUAAUUAUCUUAAAACCAGACUGUGAAGAGGUAAACCUGUUGGAAUCUGUGAUUGUUUCGAUUAUACUCAAUAAACACUCGUUGUCGCACUCA